AUGUCCUACAACGGCGGUUACAGCAACUACAACUCCGGUUACAACAACUACAAUAACAGGGACGACUACGGAUCCCGUGGCGGUGGCUACGGCGGAGGCCGUGGUGGUGGCUACGGUGGUCGUGGUGGUAGAUUCAACAGAGCCCCUAUGGAAAGAGAGGAGCUCACCACUCCUGAGUGGGAUCUCGAUUCUUUGCCAAAGUUCGAGAAGAACUUCUACACCGAGCACCCAGAGGUGGCUGCCCGUUCCGACGCCGACGUUCAGGCCUUCAGAAAGGAGAACGACAUGACCAUUGAGGGUCCCGACAUCCCCAAGCCUAUCACCUCCUUCGACGAGGCUGGCUUCCCAGACUACGUGCUCAGCGAGGUCAAGCAGCAGGGUUUCCCCAAGCCCACUGCCAUUCAGUGCCAGGGUUGGCCUAUGGCUUUGUCCGGUAGAGACAUGGUGGGUAUCGCCGCCACCGGUUCCGGUAAGACCUUGUCUUACUGUUUGCCAGCUAUCGUGCACAUCAACGCCCAGCCUCUUUUGAAGCACGGUGACGGUCCUGUUGUGUUGAUCUUGGCCCCCACCAGAGAAUUGGCUGUUCAGAUUCAGCAGGAGUGCUCCAAGUUUGGUGCCUCUUCCAGAAUCAGAAACACCUGUAUCUACGGUGGUGCCCCCAAGGGUCAGCAGAUCAGAGACUUGGCCCGUGGUGUUGAGAUCUGUAUCGCCACUCCAGGUCGUUUGAUUGACAUGUUGGAGACCAAGAAGACUAACCUCAGAAGAGUCACCUACUUGGUUUUGGAUGAGGCCGACAGAAUGUUGGAUAUGGGUUUCGAACCUCAGAUCAGAAAGAUUGUUGACCAGAUCAGACCAGACCGUCAAACCUUGAUGUGGUCUGCUACCUGGCCAAAGGAGGUCAAGAACUUGACCAGAGAUUACUUGAUUGACCCAAUUCAGGUCACCAUUGGUUCCUUGGAAUUGGCUGCCUCCCACACCAUCACUCAGCUUGUGGAGGUUAUCACUGAGUUUGAGAAGAGAGACCGUUUGGUCAAGCACUUGGAGACCGCCACCACCGACAAGGAGGCCAAGUGUCUUAUCUUUUCUUCUACAAAGAGAGCUUGUGACGACAUCACGUCGUUUUUGAGAGAGGACGGCUGGCCUGCUUUGGCCAUUCACGGUGACAAGGACCAGCACGAGAGAGACUGGGUGUUGCGUGAAUUCAGAAGCGGCAAGUCGCCUAUCAUGGUUGCCACCGAUGUGGCUGCCAGAGGUAUUGACGUCAAGGGUAUCACCUACGUGAUCAACUACGACAUGCCCGGCAACAUCGAGGACUACGUCCACCGUAUCGGCAGAACCGGCCGUGCCGGUACCUCCGGUACCGCUGUGUCCUUCUUCACCGACGGCAACUCCAAGCUCGGUGGUGAUCUCUGCAAAAUCAUGAGAGAAGCCGACCAGACCAUUCCACCGGAGUUGCAGAGAUUCGACCGUCGCUCGUACGGAUCUCACAUUAGAUACGGACGUGGAGGUGGCCGUGGAGGCCGUGGUCGUGGCCGUGGAGGAUACGGUGGUCGUGGUGGUGGGGGAUUCCGUCAGAGACAGACGGGCUCCAACACGCAGCCUUUGGCCAACCGUCGUUUCUAG